GGGGUGUGGCGGGCAGUAUGGAUGACGUGGGCCGCCCAGCUCACCUCCGGCCCUCCUCCUGUGACUUGUUUUUCCUGUGUUGAUGCUCCCCCCUUGCUGGAGGAUCUUGGCCACGUCUUCCCUACAGUGUACUCACUCCCUGGGGCGGAGCCACGCUCUUCCCACACCAGGUCCGAUCGUUGCUCAAGACCGAUACCAGUGCCUGUUAGACCCCAGCACUAGUGCCAGAUCCCAGCACCAGUGCCAGACCCCCAGUACUAGUGCCAGACCCCAGCACCAGUGCCAGACCCCCAGUACUAGUGCCAGACCCUAGCACCAGUGUCAGACCUCCAGUACUAGUGCCAGGCCCCAGCACCGGUGCCAGACCCCCAGUACUAGUGCCAGACCCCAGCACCAGUGCCAGACCCCAGCACCAGUGCCAGACCCCAAGUACUAGUGCCUGACCCCAACACCGGUGCCAGACCCUAGCACCAGUGCCAGACCCCAGCAACAGUGCUAGAUCCUAGUGCACUGUAUAAUGUAGGAGGACAAUUAAAAUAAGUUAAGGCUGGAUUGACUUACAUACACAUGUUGUCUCGGCUGCCAUAAAUAUACAGAUAUAUGCAGAACUAUUCACCAUGGGUGAAGAUCGUGUGCCACCGGGCUUAGCAGGAGCAGUUGACAGUAUUAAAGAAGCUCUGAAAGCUGGUCGCACAGACAUCUUCCGAAAACUUCUAGAUGCUUGUGAAGUCUCAAGUUAUGGUGGUGGAACAGAAGAGAGGAAACAGUUGAUAAAUUCACUUGCAACAGAAGAUGGCACCUUCCUACACAUGGCAACCAAGCUUGGUCGAGGAGACAUUAUACGAGCAUUGUUAGCAAUAGGUGCUGACCCUGGGGUGCAGGAUAAUGAGGGCAACACUCCUUUGCAACUGGUCCCCUCACAAUCAAUCACUGCCAUCUUCACCGAGGAGUUGCUUCGUGCUACAGCACAGUCAGAUGUUGGUCGUGUAUGUCAACUGAUUGCAGCUGGAUUGAGUAUCAACUCUCACGACAACCCACUUAGUCGCAACACCCCUCUGCACUGGGCAGCAUCAUUUGCCGACACCGAUACCCUUACUUGUCUAAUUGCUCGGGGAGCAGAUAUUAAUGCAGCUAACAGUGAUGGUGCAACUCCCCUCCAUGAUGCUGUAGCUCGUGGAGAUGAAAACAUUGUGAGAAUUCUCUUGGACCAUGAUGCUAAUCCACAUAUUCAGUGUUACAAGGGACGACACAAAGGGAAGACGCCUUUGGAAAUGGCCUCGUGUAAGCCGCAGCUUCAAGAUCUGAUGCAACAGUAUUUCUUGGAAAAUAAACCAAUUCAAGUCAAUGGCAUUGCCAAUGGUAGUGUUUCCCCAUUAUUAGAGCGGCGGUCACUCUCAGACAGAGGCCUUUCAAUGUCUCGAGGAGCAUCUGGCUCCCUGGAAUCCUUAGCAAGUAUGGGGACUGACAGUGUUAUGACAGGUGUGGAGGCUGGUAACAGUGAUGGCAUCCUUCCAAGAAAACCUUCAGUAGGCACUCCACAGUCUCGCUCUCCUUUGCAGUCUUCAUCAUCAUUAGAACUUAGUCCUCGUAUGGAACAGGUGUGUGAACGUUUAGCAUCUGCACAACUGACGGCACCACCUCGACCAUUGGUGACCCACUCGUCACUACACUUGCUAUGGCCCCAGCCUCGCCGCAUCAUUGAGUUGAGUGGCCCUCGCUGGUCACCGCCUUCCCAUACCUCGCUGGCUAUUGUUGCUGGAGUGAUACCUGUUCAUAAGAUUGUAGAUGUGUGGGAUAUCCAUAAGGGCUGGCUUGAAGAAGUUGGUUGUCACGUUAGUCUAGGAGCAGUUGUGGGUGCUCGGGACCCUCCGACUUCUCACACGUUCACGUGCAUAGUGGAUGCUGCACUUACCAACCAUCCCCAUCAGUACACACUCACCAUACAGGACAGCAAAGUGACCAUGUUGUGUGGAUCAAUAGAGAGCCUCCACUAUGCUCUGGUGACACUUGUCCAACUGCUGCGUGUGUGUGUGUGCUCUACUGAAGCAACUGAGAAAGGAGAUGUUCCUCCACUAGUCAUAAUAGAUCAACCGUCACUCUCCCACCGAGGGGUCUUGUUGGAUGUUUCUCCACAUGCACGGGUCCCUACGUUAGAACGUGUGUACCAGAUGGUCGAUUCAUUACUUGCCUUGAAGAUGAACCAGUUACACCUCAUGUUGCGUGCAUCACCUAAUGCCUGUAGUCUGCCCUACUCUCCCAGCGAAGUUGUAUCGCUUGAUCGUUAUUGUGAUGAUCGAGGAAUAAGCCUGGUGCCAGCUUUUGAUAUAGAGGGAACAAUUUCCUCCACUCAGCUGGGUGCAGUGGCAACAACCAUUAGUGCAACUCUCACGCAUUUUCCUUCUGCAAGAUAUGUACAUAUAGGUCCAAGGUUGACAGCAGUACUGGCAGAAGCCAGUUGUGGAGGGAAUAGUGACCCUGACAAUGCCAUCUCCUUGAGUCCUUGGGCACAGCUGGGCCUGGCACAGUCGACAGUUCUACUGGUAUGUGCUAAUGUGUUCCACAACAAGGCUCGACAACUCUCUUUUCUUCCUCCAACAGCCAUCUUGGUGGAGUAUGGCUUUCAGGCUGACUAUGACUUCUCUCGAGGUGUUCAACUUGCGGUGGAAUCUGGGCGACCAUUGGCAGUAUGUCCGGGUACUGCAGCUUGGAGCAGUUUAAGCGGGUGGCCGGAGGCUGGGGUGAGCAACGUGUACAGUGGUGUGGUGGGAGGUGUGGACGGUGGGGCAGGUGGGGUGGUUGUUGCCCAUUGGUCCAGUAGUGCUGCUCUCACACCAUUAGUAUUUGCUUGGCCACCUAUACUUGUGGCUGCUGGACUUUCAUGGAAUCACAACACACACUGGGAUUAUGUACAUUCUUCAGUAGGAGCUCUGGUAGACACCCAUUUGGUCCGGGUUCCUGGAUGUGGUUUUGGGGCAGCUUUAGUGGAGUUAGGACGUUGUGAAACAUGGGUAACUCGCAUGGCUAGAGGUCAACCAGCACUGGACGUAGCAGAUUUGCCAUCCUCUUCUCCUGGUUCUGCACUAUACCAGCUCCUGGCAGAUCCUGAUGCUCUGUUACUAGAUAAUCUCUCAACAGAAGUGUUCUCUAGUGUGAUGCGGCAUGUGCGUCGUGCAGUACGUGAGGUUGGAAGUGCUGUGCCUGGAACUAAUCCUCAAGUAGGCAUAGCUAGGGGCUUGUCACCCGGUGUUGGCCGAGCUACAGCUUCUUCCCCGUGGCCGUUGAUAACACUGGCAGUACUAGAACUUCAUCUGGCUAUGGAUAUGAUCCUUGCAGCAUGCAGGUUAGGAAGGUCUUUGGUAUCUGUGGGCACCAAUCCCCGUAGCAACAUCGGUGUGGCUGUUGUUAAUCCUGGCGUGGGAAAUCUACCUCCAACACUGCGUACAGAUCUUGCCAAUAAAGUUUUGGCACUACGCGAGGUGUACAGCUCUGUUUGGAUGCAAGGGCAACAGGCUGCAGGGCUACAGUCAUCGUUGCUGGUGCUGACGUCUUUACUGGCACGUCUUCUUCCUGACCACUCUCUACAACCUUCGUAAAACAUCGCCACCACCGUCACUCUGUUUGCAUAGAUCAUUUCUUCAGUGAUAAAUAUCUCUGUUAAUGAAAAUAUUUUUAUUUUUUUAAAUUCAUCCAAUACCAUUGGCAGAAUCCAUCUCUGUUGUUGAAGAGUUUUAAAAAAGUUCUUGGAAGUUUAUGAUAAUGCAUCAUGUAGAAACGAGAUACUAUACUUAAUAUCUUGACUGUAAAACCAAAAACAAUAAUAUUUUGACAGUUACUUGAAAGUUCCUUCCCUUGAGAACAUGCAAGUGUUCAUGUACUUCAGAGUUUAACUUGACACUUUUUGUAUACAAUUUUUGUAUUUACAAGACUUUUAAUUAUAUAAAUAUGUAGUGUCCAUGGAAGGUUAAUACAGUGAAAGCUUGUGAUAUCCAGUUCAAGAAUUCAGUCAAGUGUAAAGCCUACAAGAGCAAUGAAUGAUCCCAUACUUUCAGGUUAAGGCAUUUAUGGAUUUUAUUUACAAAUCAUAAUUGAUAUAUAGUACAGCAAUACUUUGUUACUAUGCACAAUGGUAGUAGGACAAGUGGCUGAAGAGCGAGUUGUCAAGUGAUGUGAUGUGUUUGCUGGUAAGCACUUAGCAAAUUAUCAUUUAAAUUAAUCAUAAGUCAUUUGAAUUUAGCUGUUAAAAAUCAAAAUUAUUUUAAAAUAUUUUUACAAAAUAAAGUGCAGUACUGUACUGAAAUUACCUGAGCAAAAUGUACUCACACAUGUACUCUGCUUCCUUAAUGCAUAUUACAGCAUUUGUUUAUGGCUACAUUCAAGUAUUUCUUAAUAGUAUUAUUAUUUUGAUAAGUGAUUUAAUUCUGAAAUAUUUUUUUUGUAUAAUGUAUGUGUUGGGAGCCUGUAAUACUUAUUCCUUUUGUGGUUUCCUUUAAAAGUAGUUUUGGUGUAUGUUAUUUUGUGGUUUUAUCGAUGUUGGCUAUUUCAUGAUCAUGAUAUAGUGUGCCUCCUUCCUUCUCCUGGAAAUUGCCUAAGGUAGAGACUGGUACAAAGUUCCAGAACAGUAACCAUGUUUACAUCCUUUGUUUCACAUCACUUUUUUGUAUUAUUAUUGUAUGUGCCUUUGCUCGUUGAUUAAAACAAAUUAGUGAACAUACAGUACUGCUUGGUAUGAUAGCUUCUUUAUAAUAAGCUCUAUUUCCAGGUCAAGGUUACAGCCUAGCAAUUGUAAAGUUCAAUAAAAUUCAUUUUUAAGUUCACUCAGUUUUUACUAUUAAUGCUGAUUGUUCUACAUGCCUGCACACUUGUGACCUUUAACUCUCGAGUAUGAAUUUGAAACCUAACGUGCAGUUAAUCAGAACUCUAGAUAUCGAGAAUGAUGAUGUAGCAAUGUUGAGCACAUGAAGCCAAUUAGACUUCCUGGUGUUUUCCCUAGCUAAUUGCAGUGUUUGUGUAUACACGAGACCCCUUCAAAAUUUGGAUCUUAUUGUUACAGACUUGAUCUGGAUUAACGUGAAAUCCAGAUUUAAACAAAAAUUACCAUUUUGGCUAUCACUCAAUUUUCUAAAUUUUUUGUAUAGCAAAUUAUGCAUGUUUCUGCAUAUUUAGACUUAGAUAUAUAAUGAAUGAUUUUGUGUAUAUAAAUAAUAUAAAAUAUAAAUUAAACAUUAAUUUUUUUUUUGAAGCACUGGCUGACCUUGGUAACACAGUUAAACAGCAAAAUAUGGUUAAUACUGUUAUGCUACAGUAUUUGGUAAACUUACACAGCAACUUUGAACUAGCCUUGAACUCCUCGAUCAUGGUUCAUUGCAUUCUUUCAGCUAUAGACUGUAACUGUGCACCAACAGCAAGCCCCUGGCUACAUUAGUGCAUAAAGAUUGGUAAUCAACAUCAUCCAGAUCCUCACAUUGUAAAGUUUGUUAUUGUUUUGUCACUUUCCAUACCUCCACUGCUUUCCUUCACCUGCUUUUUUCUUGUCAAAUUAUUAAUGUAGUACCAAUGCCAUUAACCUCUGUCGCCUGCUAGCUUCCCCAACCAUGAUUAUAUUUCUUAAACAAUUCUGCCUUCUCAUCCAUGGUAAAGAAGUUCCUCUUACCUUUUCCUGAUGUACCAAUACUACUUGUGCCAGAUGACAUGAGGCUUCAACUGGCAAAUAAUGAUACGGUAUAUCCUAAGGAUAGUUUGUGAAAAUGCUUGAGUGAUGAGAGAUGUGGCUGCACUCACCCAAGGAUAAACCACGGCUAGUAUGCGUGGCCUCACAGUAGGUAUCGAUGCCACAGAAAGUCAAACUAUUUUCGUACAAUUAUAGUGCCUGGGAGUACCUGUCUGGCAUAUUACCAGCAGGCCUUGGUAAAUUACUGGCAGGCCCUUGCAGGUUUCUGACAAGGUCAAUUAUAUAUAAAAACAGCCUAUUGAACCCACUCUCACCAAUUGCAAGUUUGAAGGUGUUCAUGACCUUUGCUACAUUACAAUAAUCAUUCUUACUGACUCUGCCAUGCUGCCUGUUGGGUUAGCAUGACUCAACAGGCCCUGAGGCCCUUGAAUCUUAUGACUUUAAAUCCGAGUCACUAAAUCUUAUGACCCUGAAUCCUGUGGGGUUUGUUCUCCAUGGGUUCUGAUCCUGCUUCUGAGGUGUAAGUGUACCAGCCAGCUGCCCUUUACAGGCUACAUUUGCCGGAGUUUGGUGUUUGCAGCUUUGUGCUUAAAUGGAUGUCAUUGGAUUGCCCUGUAUGUUUACGGACCUUGAAUUAGAGGUGGUGUUGAUCUCCACCUUGGCUUCUGGCUGCACUUCCUCUUUUGUCCCCUGCAAGUGUGGACAAAACAUUUUAUCACACAAAACUUUUAUCUCGAUUCUCUUUAGAAAUUUUUUCAAGUUUGUUAUAGGGGAAAACCUCUCUAGAUUGGUUACAAUCAAAACAUGUUUAGCAGUAAUUGUUUUAUUCAUAGCCAUUACUUAUUCUGCAUGAGUUUAUGAAUAAAGUGGAUAUAAAUGAGCUAUUGGGGAGGAGGAAAAUACUUAAAUGAGUCACCUUCUAGAAUGUUAUGAUGUCUGUUAAUAUAAAUUACUGUUCUAGGUACACUCAAAAAACAACAAUUUAUUAGAUUAGAUAAAAGUAAACAUUUUCCUAUUUCCUUUUGAAUAUUGGUGUAUGAGAGGUGGCCACCAUGAGGGCAGAAAGUGUUAAGGGGCAUUGUCAUCUCGGUUGCAACCAGAAGCUCUUGUUGCACUGUCUAGGAUGUUAGCUGGCUAUCCAUUAUUUUAGCCUUUUGGAUCUUGUAUACAUUUGUAUAAUACUUACACGCCUUUAAUAAAGUUAUUGGAGCGCGGUUGUAAAAGAAAUGCAUUACGAGUGUAUUCAACCGAUUAACUUAUUGAACUGUAAUUUGUUAUGUUCAAGGAAAGUAAAUAUAUUCAAUAUUUGUGUUUAAAAUGUAAUAUGAAAAUAUUAAUAAGUUGAAUACAUUGGUGAAAAUCAUUCACUGUGCACUGAUUUUGAUCAAUUAACACUGCCAUACAAAUUUACCAGUCUCUACUCUGAGGAGCAUGAAUGAUGACCACAUGGAGAAUUACCCUUAGCUAUUUAACCUUCGGAGAGCUCUGCAGCUUUGUGUUAAAAGGUAUUAGACAUUUGUUAAAGAAUUUUUCAUGUUGGCUUGUCAGUUUUAACGAGUGAGGCAGCAUCCAGUUACACUAAUCAAGACAUGGCCAAUGUGUGGAAAUAAUGAGGGUUGCCUAAGCAAGGAUACCUAUGAGAUUAAAUAGGAUGACAACAAAUCAUGAACAGAAACAACAGUACAAGACCAGAAAUGAGGAAGUACUGUAGCAAUAACUGAAAGGGCACCAUGACAAUGAAUAAUGUAAACAAGCAGAUGGUUCUGCAAUGUCACUAGGUCUAUAGGAAACAAGUGUCAGUUUUCAUCAAGUCCACAGUUGUAUUAUCUCUAACAAAUUUCAUGAUAAAUGAGAAAGAUUGCCGUGAGAGAAUAAUUAAUGGGUUGUUUUGUAAAAUUUGAUGUGAUUCAAAAGGAAAUAAUCUAAAGUGCUUGAAACUGUCAGUUCUAUAUUUAAGUAUUUAUGAAUUUUCAUUAGUUACUGUAUACUUUUGUCGCUAUUAUAAAACAUAUAUCAUGGAUUUGUGCAUUACUGUAAAACAAAUUUUGAUCAUGGGUAGUGUUAUUUUCCUAUUGUUUGUGCCUCCAAAGUAUAGAAAAGUGGCUAUUAUUUCCCUCGCUCAAACUUUGCUUUCACCUUUGCCUCAGACAGCUUAGGGAAGAUGUCUUGAAGGUUCCUGAAGGCUGCCAACUUAGGAAAUAAUGUUACAGCUGUAAUAAGGAUUUGGCAGCCUUUAAGUACCUUCAAGAUGUCUUUCCUAAGUUGUAUUGGGCAAAGGUCAAAGCAUAAGGUAUGAGGGGAAUAGUGGCCAUUUUCUGUUCUUUAGAGGCAUAAACAUUGAGAAAAUAACACUUGCUACCCAGGAACAAAACUUGUAUUACAUUGUGUUACCCCUUUUCCAUGGUGGGAGAUAGGAGAUGCAUCACCAAUUAAAGGUGUGGAGGGCUUGGGCAUGAGUGGUGUUGGGCCCACAACCAUGUGUGUUGUAUGCUUGCUCUACCUAAUUUAGUUCAGCUAAAUAAAGUUGAUUAGAAGUUCUGCCUCUUUAGGUAUAUUUACUCAGCACAUCAUUUCCCAGCAUGGCAGCACUCCUUGCAUCACUACUGUAUUGCUUCAUGUGUCUCACCCUCCUCACUCACACAACAUUCCUUGCACAGCUCAUCCUCUAAAUAAAGGCCCAAAGUCCAUUCCAUGCACCUACCAAACCCCUGUUUAUGAAUGAAAAAUGGUUUACACACGACUUACAACUUAUGACGUCCGUACACUUCGCUGACGACUUUUGUUCGAACAACAACGCUGUAAGUGCUUCUCACACGUACUACAAAUACAAAUCAUCAGCAACAGAACCUAAACACCUAACCUACCUAGUGCCUAAAUAUGCACAAUAUGUAAUGUACAAUUAUAAUAAUUUAUGUUUAAGACAAGUUCUGUAUUGAAUGAUCAAAAUGUUGAAAUUGAUGAAUGUCUUUUUGGGGUCGACCGCUGGAUAGAAUGUACUUUGGUCUGAGGUCAGGUCGCCUUGCACCACUCCCUGCACUGCUUCAUGUAUAUCACACUAUUCACAACACAGCACUCUUUGGUUACAACUCUGUGGUGCUUCUACAUGUAGUAAAUUACUCGCAUGCUGAAAUAUUCAUACUGUAAAUAGCAAUGCAUGUGGAUGAAGGAUUACUUUGUGAUAUUUUUUAGUAUUAUUCCCAUUAAUUUUUUGUACAUUGAUGCUUAAAUGUGAUGUUUACAUUGUAAGUUUUUUUUUAAUAUCUUUAUUAUUUGUGUUUUUAUAUACAGUAUAGCACUAUGAUUUCCUCUACCGAUGUAGAAAACCAUGAAAGUGAUGGUGAAUGCCUUGUAAGUUUGUGAAAUUAUUUAUUUUUGGUACAUGCACAAAGUUUGUUAUAACUUUACAUACAGUAGUGAAAGUUGUGGUUAUUGAACUGAAGGAUUUUGAUUGCUUCAUGUAUUUUUAUAUUUGGAUCAAGUAACCAAGAUAUUUAUAUUUAUUUGCUUGUCCAAGACAAUUUACUUGGGUAUAA